CAGAUCCCUAGCUCCAUCCACUCACUAUGAUUCAAUAUCCUACCAUCUUCAGGUGGGCCUGUAGUCCUUUGGAGAUGGACUAAGGUGGCACAUGGGCAACUAAUUAACCUAACUGAUGGAGUUUCUGACAUCCUUAAAAUUUGUAACGAAACGACUAGAUGUGUCAUAUAACACCCAAAAUUCUGGAUAUUUUGUAUAUUUAAAAGAAAAUUGACUAUCAAUGUCACAAAUGUAAAAGUUGUGCCGAUAAAAAACUAUGUUUUCAUAUGUUUUUAUGCAAUAAAUAAGAUACCUUCAACAUAUAUGUGUCCUCCCUUCAUUUGUCUCCACACUCCACAGCCAUAAAUGUAUUUCAAGUUUCAACCCAAAAGAAAGAAAAAAGAAACAUCCCAAACCAACGUCGGAAAUGAAAAUCAAAACAAAACGCUCGAAGAAUAAAUUAGGGUUACGGGGGACGUUGCUUCUCUGUGCUCUCUUCUUCCUUGGUGGCUUCUAUUUUUCAAGAAUCUUCUUCUCACAGACAACAUCUGACCUGCGACCGAGGUUAAGGAGGGACAUUGAGGCGGCAGAGGGAGGAGAUCACACCAGUCGUAAUAAUGCUCAGCCGCAUGGUGCGACCGGCGAAUCUUCUGUCGAAUCGAUUCCUUUCCAGAUCUUGAGCUGGAAGCCGAGGGCCCUGUAUUUCCCCAAGUUCGCAACACCAGAGCAAUGCAAUGCCAUCAUUGCAAUGACGAAGACGCAGCUCAAGCCAUCUCUGCUUGCCUUGAGGGAGGGCGAGAGCGCUGAGAGUACUCAGGGGACCAGGACAAGUUCAGGCACAUUCGUUAGUGCAGCAGAAGACGACAGUGGGACGCUCGACUUGAUUGAACAAAAAAUUUCAAGAGCUACCAUGAUUCCAAGGUCUCAUGGAGAGGCCUUCAACGUGUUGCGGUAUGAAAUCGGGCAGAAGUAUGAUUCCCACUACGAUGCAUUCAACCCAGCAGAGUAUGGCCCACAACAAAGCCAAAGGAUAGCUUCAUUUUUGUUGUAUUUAACAAAUGUGGAAGAGGGUGGCGAGACAAUGUUCCCUUAUGAGGAUGGAUUGAAAGUUCCUGGUUAUGAUUACAAACAAUGCGUUGGUCUAAAAGUGAAGCCUCGACAAGGUGAUGGCCUUCUAUUCUACUCCGUCUUUCCUAAUGGAACAAUUGAUAAGAUGUCUCUUCAUGGAAGUUGCCCGGUGAUUAAGGGGGAGAAAUGGGUUGCAACAAAGUGGAUAAGAGAUCAUAUAUUCUAUGAUGAUUGACAACUCUUUUUUGUAUCCACUAAAGCACAUUUAAUUUUUUUAACUUUUAAAAACACUUUAGAGAUCUACAUAUCAAAACUUGAAUCAAAUUAUACAUGUACCUUUAGGGGAUAACAACAUCAAUAUUCACUUGAUCAAUGGUAUUUAUAUACAUGUACACGACUAAAGUGUUUCAGACCCUUUUGAAUAGAUUACCCAACGGGCGACUAACCUCCACUGGAAUAACCUAACCAAGGCAAUAAGUUUCAAACUUCCUCUACUGCGUUUUUACUCGAGUACAGAGCAGUGGAUCGAUCGACUCUCGCACAAUUAACUCACUACUUCCAAUUCAUAUUUCUCUAUUAUCGUAUGCAAUACCUAUCGUUCUAGGUCAAAGCUGAAACUGAAGGAAUGUGAUCAAGAUUCAAGCAAUUCUGAAUAAAAGUUCAGCUAAAUAUAAAAUGUCAAUCAGUCAUGAAUUUAAGUUCAUACAACUCUUCCUAACAUACAAAUCUAGAGUUCCUCAAAACCUAAGUGAAAGGAAGUUACUCCAUAGGGAAGAGAGAAUACUAUAUAAGUUUCUGAAUCUUCAAUUUUCAUAUCUAAUCUUGUUCCUCGAGCUUCCAAGGCGAAGAAAUACUCCAAUUUUGAUCCAAUAUCACCCUAAGAACACUCUCUCACUCUAAGGUUCGUCCCUUAGUUGUUUGGUGUCCAAAACUCAGCUCUCUCCUUUAGAACUCGCAAAAAUGCAUUUAUACCCGCACUUGGAAAUUCCCCGGUCGUAUUCCCCUCCCUGGACAUCAAAUUCCCCUAUAGGGGAGUUUAACUAGGGGGUGGAAAUUCGGUUGCGGUUUUACGGUUAGAGGUUAAUCACAAACCGAAAAAAUAGGGUAUUUUGUGGCCACGGUUAUCAAUAUUGCAUGUUUUGCAAUCGAACAAUAUGUAACCACAUUUCAACCAAUCAAUGAUGCGGUUACCUAUGGUUAACCGCGGUUAGUGCGGUUAACCAUGAAACAGUGACACAACCAUAGACCAAAAUGUCCCCAAACCAUAAAAAUUGUUAAUAACGUGGUUAACCGCGAUUGACGAUUAAACUUUGUGAUUAGUGACUAACCACAAACCGUUUGUGGUGUGCUCGCGGUUGGAGUAUAUGCCUACUUUUUCGGUUGCGGUUAACCGCAAAUUUUGGUGCAGUUAACCGCAACUGCAUCGAUUCCUAGUCCUAAGUUUACCUUCCAACCCGUGGAUUUCUGAAACACUGCGUAGCACUUAGUUGCUCAUGGGAAAUUCGCCUGGGUCUUCUCAGGAAUCCCCAGUCGGGUAAUUUGGUGUCCGAACUGGGGAUUUGCUUAUGUUAUUUUACCCUGGCGGGGAAUUUGGCUUCCAACUCGUAUCAUUCUCAGUUCUUGUUCCACUGUAUUUGAUUCUUCGUUUCUCCCUUGUUCGGACUCCGAAUAAGUAGUCUUAUGAUCUCAAACGCUCAUAGUCUCGUCCUCUUUCUUUUCAUGACAAGUUUACAUGAUUCUUUGUCCAUAAAAUGAGGUAGAAAUCCAUUCUUCCUUAGGUCAUGCCCGAGUUUCUUUCCCCGAAUUGCCAAUUGAUCUCCGAUUGACUUGAAACUUGCGCCUAUACUUCACUUUACGUGCUAGGACCUGAAAUGUGACAAAGGAACACAACCCAGCAUAAAAUAGGUCGAAUUAUGAUAAACACCAAACUAAACAAUCAAAAAAUGAGGGGUAAAACCUGUCUAAAUGUGGUGUUAUCACCAGUCUAUAUCAUGGUGGUAAAGUUUGGUAAUAAAUAAUAUUUUGCUAU